AUGAAUCACGACUACGGUGAGUUGCUCCAGGACCGCAGCGGAGAUAUAACUACUGGUGGCGGCUUUUCUAGCCAAUACCAGUUAAGUGAUGCCAUCCCCGUUCUCGAGGGAUCACCUUUUGCCUUCCCUCAAGGGUCUGUUAUCACUGGUGACACCACUCAUGAAGCUACUCCGAGGACUACUAUGCUUAACAACAACGACUCCCCUCUCCAGCAAUCGGUGGAUAUGAUGUUAUUUGAUAACUUUGGUAUGCCGCCUGGUGAACCAUCGAGUCGUAACGGAUGUGACGUACCGGAGUUUGACGAUAACUUAACUUUAAUAUCUCGAUUAUUCCUGUACGGCGAUCGCUUGAAUGCUCGUAAACAGGGCGGCAACGUCCAUGGACCACAAGCACUAGGCUACCCUGCUGGUUUACCUUCUGAGUGCAAUUCUUUGUCUGCAGCUACUACUAACCUUUUUGGUGGCAACUCUUCACCAGUUUCGAACAACGCCUUCAAUCCCCUUGUAUCUCAUCAUCAUCGUCCGAGCUUUCCCAUUGAAUUUUCCGAAGUACCAUUUCGGGGUGAUAUAUCGACUGACGACGGCAACGGGCCAAUCAGGGUCGUCCGACGGUCUCGCGGUUGGGUUACUGUCCUAAGGUAUGGAGGUAGACAAGCUACAGGCCCCUACCGUGAAACAGUUCGUCAAUGUGUCGAAGAUCAAAAGGAAGUUCACCGACUACGUCUGGAAAGGGGUCUGACAAAUUCUGAGGUGAUGCAACUUCUUGAGCAGAUGAAGGUUGUCACUGAUCCUGUUUCCUCAACUCGAAAGAAGCCUAAAAAGCAUGAUUAUUAUGCUCCAGUGGGCGUUAGACGUAUGCACAAGGGCUUUGCAGCCAGUGUUAGGGUGAACGGUAAAGAGGUCUAUGGUCCACUACGACAAGAUGUUGCUGAUGCUACCUGUGAUAGAGAGGAAAUGAUGAAGUAUCGUCUUGUAGUUGACGCUCCUGGUAUGAGGGCUUUUGUUAAGACCCUAAAAGAACGCGUGUAUCCUCAUCAUCAAACUGAAAAUGUGGAAGUCGAUCCGCAAGAAAAGAAUUUGAGAUACUAUACACAGAGUUGGAAAACUCCCGAUAUUCGCGGUGCCUGGUUCGCGGUAGCUUGCUCGUACGUGGGCAAAGCGAAUGUCAUCGCCAUUUUCGAGGGCAGGAAAAUCGGCAAUAGGAAACCGUUUCACCCCAAUUGGUAUAAUCAGCGAGGAAACUCUCCUGAGCUCAGCAGAGGAAAGCUAACAUAUAUUCCAGCACGACACGUUUAA